AUGGCUACGAGAAGCGACUGCAAUGUUCACGGCCUUGAGUUCCGUGAAGCAAAACCCUCGCAGGGGGAUCCUGCUCGUCCUGUUGCUGAUCUCUUUCGUCUCGAUAAUCGCACCAUCAUAAGUAUAUCUCCUGAAAUCACCGGCGCCACAGGCUUCCUAGGUACCACGCUCGCCAUUGCCAUUCUCGAAAGUGGCGGCGAUAUCGUCUGUCUUGAUCUUGCAUCCGCCCCGAAUUCCCCAGAUUGGAAUAAAGUCGAAGCCGCCGCACAAAAGCAUGCACGCCAACUAAGCUAUUACCCCCUCGACGUAACGGACGAAUCCGGCGUAGAAAAAACAUUCACCCAAUUCAUCCCUACCCUACGAUACCCGCUGAAGGGUGUUGUUGCCUGCGCAGGCCUAUCCCGUAAUGGCCCCGCGACCGAAUUCCCCGUCUCGUCGUUCCGCCGUAUGCUAGAUAUCAAUGUCACGGGAACGUUUCUUGUCGCACAAGCAGCGGCUAGGGAAAUGCUCAGGACAAAUACUACCGGAAGCAUGGUGUUUGUGGCUAGUAUGAGCGGCUACGUGUCGAAUAAGGGUGUUGAUACAGCCGGAUACAACGCCUCCAAAGCGGCCGUUCAUCAACUCACGCGCUCUUUGGCUGCCGAGUGGGGAUCAAGGGUCGGCAUGCCCCUGAUCAGGGUCAAUUCGCUCUCACCUGGGUAUAUUCGGACGGCCGCGACGGCAGAGGCGCUUCAGAAGCCAGGGAUGGAGAGUCAGUGGGUGGGUGAUAAUAUGCUGUUUCGGUUAAGCACGGCGGAUGAAUUUCGGGCACCGGUGCUUUUCAUGCUUGGGGAUGGGAGUAGUUUUAUGACAGGGGCGGAUCUGCGAGUUGAUGGAGGGCAUUGUGCUUGGUAG